AGGCCCCGCCCGCUUUACGUCAUCACGCUGCGCCAGAAAGAAGCACUCUUGGCGCCAAAGACUGGAAAGCGUAUCUUUACGCGCUUUUGCUGCAAUAACAACAACAACAAAAAGUUAAUGACAGCUGUUGAAGAUGGAUAUACGCAGGUUCUUUGCGCCAAAGCCCGGCCACGGUGGCAGCAGCAGCACCGAUGACGAGCCGAAGAAUAAAAAGAAACCCGCGUCCAAGGUUCAGAAUACAAGCUCCAAAUUGGAGGACAAACGAGCAGCCAAAAGGAAGAAGAGGGUCAUCGCUGAUUCAGAUGAGGAGGAAGAGGAGAAGAAAGGAAAGAAAAGCUCUAAAGAGAAGCCCGCUGCAUCCGGGAAGAAAGAUCCCGUGACUUAUGUUUCUGAUUCAGACUCCGAUGAAGCCUUUUCGUCUCUGAAAAAGUCCUCGAAACUCAAAGAGAACGGCUGUAGCCGCGAGAAAAAGGCCUCGGACUCGAAGGAGACCAAAGCGAAGCAGGUAAAAACGCCUCCUGUUAAAUCUCCUAGCCCAAAGGGAGAAGCGAAGAAGAACGUACUCGGUCCGACCGCACCCAAACACACCCCCACCUCUGUGUUCGAUUACUUCGGGACCGCCACGGCCAAGAGAUCAGAGAAGAAGCUGGUGGCUAGUACGAGCACCAAGAGGAAAGCGCCUACACGAGAUACCGAGGGAGCGCUCGAUGACGACGAGGCCAUCGCUAAACGAUUACAGAUGGACGAGGACAUGGAGUUGGAGAAGCAGAUCCACGAAGACGAGGAGUUUGCUCGAACCCUGGCCAUGUUUGACGAGGCCCCGAUGUCUAAAAAGGCUCGCGUGGACUCGCGUUCGCCCUCGAAGACCGGCUCUCAAGCGAACGGUGCAGGAGCCAAGCGUGCGCCGAAGGAGCCUUCACCGAAGAAGAGUCCCGUAAAAGCCAGUUCCAAACUGGCUCUGAUGAAGAAGCGAGCCGACGACGAGGAGGAGGAGCGGCGGAAGAGUGAGAAGGAGGAGAAGAAAAGCAAACUCGUCAUCUCCCCGAAAAAAGAGCCAAUCGCACGAGUUUCAUCAGAGGCGGCGGCCACACCCAAAACGGGCGUUUCGGCGGGAAGCGCGAAACGCAUUUCCACACCCAAGAGUGGAGGAGGAAGUAACAAAACCUCCCCUACGAAACCAGAGACCAGUCCGGAGGACGCGGAGAGGAAGCGCGUGAAUUCCACGGCGUAUCGAAACUUCCUGAACCGAGAAGGACCUCGCGCCCUGGGCUCUAAAGUGAUCCCGCAGGGAGAGGAGAACUGCCUCGAGGGCUGUGUGUUUGUGUUAACGGGUGUUUUGGAGUCUCUGGAACGGGACGACGCAAAGUCACUAAUCGAGCGCUACGGUGGGAAAGUCACAGGAAACGUCAGCCGGAAAACCACGUACCUGGUGCUGGGCCGAGACAGCGGAGCCUCCAAGACGGAGAAGGCACAGAGUUUUGGCACCAAGAUCAUAAACGAGGACGAGUUACUGGAACUGAUCCGAACCAAACCGGGCAAAAAGUCCAAAUACGAGAUCGCUGCAGAAGCUGAGAGUAAAGCCACUAAAUCAAGGAGCCCGGACUCUAAAGGCAAACGCACCCCUUCAGGGCGCAAAGUCUCACCUGGAAAACCCUCCGCAAGCAAGAGCAGUCCCUCACCGAGGAAGUCUAAGCCAUCUUCCUCUUCUACCCCUGGAACUUCUAGAGCUUCCCGCCAAGGCUCUUCAUCCGAGGUCAGAAAGACUUUGGAGUUUGGUGCAGGAAAAAGCACGCCCUCUGUGGCGGGGGAUGACGGCAGCAGCUUGUUGUGGGUGGAUAAGUACCGCCCCCGCAAUCUGAAGAACCUUAUCGGGCAGCAGGGAGAGCAGAGCUGUGCCAAUAAGCUACUGAGGUGGCUGAAGAACUGGCAUAAAACUCUCAGCGGCAAUGCAAAGCCAACAGCUGCUAGGUUUGGGAGGUUCGGCGGUAAGGAUGAUGGUUCUGGGUUUAAAGCUGCUUUGCUGUCUGGACCUCCUGGUGUAGGGAAAACCACCACUGCUGCUCUUGUGUGCGAGGAGUUGGGUUACAGUUACGUGGAGAUGAACGCCAGCUGCACCCGCAGCAAGAACAGUCUGAAAGAAGUAAUCGCCGAGUCUCUCAAUAACACGAGCAUCAAGAACUUCUACACAGGUGCAUCUCAGACGGUCAGCGAUAAACACGUUCUGAUAAUGGACGAGGUGGAUGGCAUGGCAGGAAAUGAGGACAGAGGAGGAAUACAGGAGCUGAUUGGUCUGAUCAAAAAUUCAAAGAUCCCCAUUAUUUGCAUGUGUAACGACCGCAACCAUAUGAAGAUCCGCUCCCUCGCUAACUACUGCUUCGACCUGCGUUUCCACCGGCCUCGCGUGGAACAGAUAAAGGGUGCCAUGAUGUCCAUUGCUUUUAAAGAAGGUUUAAAGAUCCCGCCCCCGGCGCUCAACGAAGUCAUCCUGGCGUCAAAUCAGGACAUUCGACAGGUGCUGCAUAAUUUGAGUAUGUGGUCAGCCACGGACAAGGUCAUGACCUACGACCAGGCAAAAGCGGACGCUAACAAGGCCAAGAAGGACAUGAAAAUGGGACCAUUUGACGUGUGCAGGAAAGUGUUUGUUUCAGGUGAAGAGACCGCCCACAUGACCCUGAUUGACAAGUCGGACCUUUUCUUUCACGAUUACUCGCUGGCACCGCUGUUCGUCCAAGAGAACUACAUACACGUCCGGCCAGCUGCCGCAGGGGGAAAUCUGAAGAAUCAUUUAGUGUUGCUGAGUAAAACGGCCGACAGCAUCUGCGAUGGAGAUUUAGUGGACAGACAGAUCCGUUCUCGCCAGACCUGGUCUCUGCUACCCACACAGGCAAUCUACGCCAGUGUGCUGCCUGGGGAAUUGAUGCGCGGUUAUAUGAGUCAGUUUCCCACGUUUCCCAGCUGGCUGGGGAAGUUCUCAUCCACGGGCAAACACAGUCGUAUUGUACAGGAGCUGUCCUCACACAUGAGUCUGAAGACACUGAGCAGUAAGGAGGCGAUAAAUCUAGACUACCUGCCCUACCUGCGUUCCGCCCUGCUGGAGCCCCUGCGGUGUCGUGGGGCAGACGGAGCCAGUCAGAGCGUGACGCUGAUGGACGACUACGACAUCGUCAAAGAGGAUUUCGACAGCAUCAUGGAGAUCAGUACGUGGGGCGGACAGGCCGAUCCGUACUCCAAGCUCGACUCCAAGGUGAAAGCUGCAUUCACGCGAGCUUAUAACAAGGAGUCCCACUUGACACCGUACUCACUGCAGGUAGUAAAGAAAGGUCGCAGAGGAGCGGUCGAACCUGAUCUGAGUGUAGACAGUGACCUCCAGGGACAGGAAGAAGAGGAAGAGGAGGAGGAGGAAACUCUUAAUAUGGAUGCCAUGAUCAAGCAAAAGAAGGCCAAACCCACAAAAGAGGUCAAGCAAGAGAGCGCAAGGGAUUCCGGAAAGGGCAAAGGCAAAGGAAAAGGCAGAAAGUGAACCCAGGCCUGCGCUGAGAAGAGUCGUUCAGAAAGGCAUAUUGUAAACAACCGCUCGAUCCUCCUCUCUGUUAAGAACUCGAACGGCAGGCGAAGAUCAGACCUUCCUAAGGCUGUCGAAAGGUCAGUAUUAACAUGGAGCGAGCGGUGGAAAGAGGAGGCAUUUUCAGCAAUUAGAAACGAGUGGGCGGCCAUUCCGUCGUCUCGCACUCGACUGGACGAGAAGGACAAUAGAAACAGGAAGCCCCCACACACACAGAGCGCACUCAUUUACAUACACAAAGUAAAAUUUGAAACCAUCUGUGACAUCAAGCAUCUCUCAUCUCACCCCUUAUUCUCAUUACACCUCCUAUUUCUUAUUCACUUGCAGCUCUUCUUCGGUUACAUAAGCACUUUGCAUAAAUCACAUACUCCUCAUGAAGACCAUACACAUUCGAAUGGGUUUGAACCGUGAGCUGUAAAUAUAUAUACGCAUUUGAACUCGUAUAUAAUUUGAUAUUUAGUCAAAUUUGAAAAUUGCGGGAAAGAAAAUGUAUUUUUAUUUUUUUUGCUUAUGGUUUUUUUUUUUUUUCUUCUUCCAUGGAAAUUUUUGCUUACAAACUGACAGUGCACUGUACCGGCUUUAAGCGUAGAUUGUAUACGACUUUGGAUUUUCAUCAAGCAAUUAAAGAGUAAGUAAUGUGAUAGCGAGUUGGUGUGGUUAGUGAUUUUACUGGACUAACUUCAUCUUUUCUCUGGUUGGAUUUCGCAUAUACGAUGUAACUUAGAGAUACGAUCGUUGGCCAUUUAAUCAGGUAAACUUAUCAUACGUAUACCGUGUUGAGUUUGUAGGUUUAUAGUUAGUGACCGUAUAGUCUGUUAAUCGCUCAUCAACAAAUGGGUCACUUCAAAAGCCGUGCCCAAAAUAUUUCUACGAUAUAAAUGGCUUAUAAACUACAAAACCUAGAAGUUCAUCGUCCGAGCACAUCAUGCCCCAUCCACGUGGGGGUGUAGUGAUCACUCGUUAAUGAUGAGCAGAGAAUUUUAGUAUUUUUCUUUCGCCCCUAGCAAGUUAAAUUUUAAAGUGUUUAGUUCUAUUAUAGAAUUAUUAUUUUUUUUUUAAAAAUUCUACGUGCUGUAAUCGCAAAAUGCCGUAAUAAAUACUUUUAUAAUAAA